AUGGAUAGCCUUGGAGAGGAAGAGCUUGCGCAAAUGGUCAGAGACUACUGGGAAUCAGAUCAAUCAAUUGCACCCCUUUCAGUGAGAACUUCAAAGCUUCGCCCCAAAAAAUCUCAAUCCAGUUUGCAGGAUAUUCUUUUGGAGGCAAAAGACAUUGAGACUCAGGUUCUUGACAAGGCCUUGAUGUAUGUUAGAGGUAUGGGAGAACCCAGUAGUCUCAAAAAAUGGGUGGUCAAGAGAUUGCAAAUGGAUGGUUUUGAAGCUUCUCUUUGUAAAACCUCUUGGGUUUCCGCUUUUGGCCACAAAGUUUUCCAUUUCACAGGUGAUUAUGAGUACAUAGAUGUGAUGAUCAUGGACAAAAACAUUAGCAACAAAGCAACAAGGCUGAUAGUGGAUAUGGAUUUUAGGUCUCAGUUUGAGUUGGCAAGGCCGACACAAACAUACAAAGAGCUUAUUAACACGCUUCCUUCAGUCUUUGUCGGCACUGAAGAGAGGCUUGACAAAGUGAUCUCUCUUUUGUGCUCAGCUGCCAAAGAAUCGCUCAAAGAAAAGGGUCUCCAUGUUCCUCCAUGGAGGAAAGCUAAGUACAUGCAGUCAAAAUGGCUCUCGAAUAACUGCAAAAAAGUCUCAAUCGUGCCGAACCCUGAACUGAGCAUGGAUGCAAGCGAAGAGAAAAACAGCACCACGUGUUGUCCCUCCAUCUUUUAG